AUGUCAAACGACGGGAGUACCAUAUUCGGUGGUGGCGGUGGUUCGAGUGUCACUUCUUACGGUGGAAUCGUUAAUGAGAUGUUCGAUAGUGGUGGUGGGCCGGUCGACGGACCGCCCAUCUCGGCGAACGGGAAGAGUCCGAAGAAGGGAGCAGUGCCGUUGAUUGACGAAGACUCACAAUCAACGCCACGUGGCAGCACGACUGGAGACGGGGGUGCCGGAUCGCCGAGUAUGGAAUUUGCCAACUCGAGACCCGGAGGUCUAUCGACGAUUUCUGGUGUAUUCGCACCGGUCGCAUUGAGCAUGUUCAGUAUAUUACUCUUUUUGAGAAUGGGAUUCGUUGUCGGCCAACUCGGUUUCCUCAUGACGAUCCUUCAAUUAGCGAUGGCCUACGCGAUAGUCAUGCUUACCGUACUCUCAUUAUGUGCAAUCUCUUCGAAUGGAGCUGUGGAAGGAGGCGGAGUUUAUUACAUGAUCUCCCGAUCGCUGGGACCCGAGUUUGGUGGUGCCAUCGGAGUGUUAUUUUUUGUUGCCAACGUAUUUUCAUGCGCUUUGUACAUUUCUGGAUUCACGGAAGCGCUGAUGAAUAAUAUUGGGAAUGGACAAUUUCCCGACUCACCCACAUGGCGAUUCCUCUACUGUGUGCUGGUCUCACUGGUACUUCUGAUCUUAUCACUUCUUGGCUCCGCCCUUUUCGCGAAAACUGCUCUAAUCACAUUUAUGCUCAUCUCGAUUUGUUAUUUCACAUGGAUUCUAUCAGUCUGCUUCAAUGGACACAUGGAAGUGGCUAUUCCGAAGGUCAACACCCCUGCCUACCGAGUACCCGUAAACGUCUCCGACCCAUCGCAGGGUAUGGUGGAGGACUUCAAUCAGAAUUUGACAGCUAAUUAUACUGGAUGGAGUUUCCACACUCUCGGCGAAAACAUGUUCCCCAACUACACGAUGGAUUACACCACUGAGAAGCCAACAGAUUUUGCCCUAAUGUUCGCUAUCAUUUUCUCCGGAGUCACUGGUCUUAUGGCCGGAGCCAACAUGUCUGGAGAGCUCGCCCGACCGUCUGUAUCCAUUCCACGUGGAACUGUGCAAGCGGUGUUCACAACGUUGUUCGCCUAUAUUGCCACGGCGUUCUUGAUGGCCGCCACGUCGAGUAGAUACUUGUUGCAGAAUGACUAUACGGUUAUGAUGGAUACCAACUUCCAUCGAAUUUUCAUUCUCAUCGGAAUCUUUUCAACCACACUAUUCUCAUCGAUGAGUAAUCUUAUUGGCUCGUCUCGAGUCCUAAACCGUCUCUCUCACGACAAACUCUUCGGAUGUCUCCUCCGACCCGCCAAAAUCGAAAUUGGAGACCGUAAUCCUGUGGUGUCGGUGGUCAUCACAUGGAUCUGUGUUGUUUUGGUGUUUCUAGUUGGAGCUAUGAACAAAAUCGCCAAGUUGACAUCAAUCUUCUUCUUGUUGAGUUAUAUGGGAGUGAAUGUGGCCACAUUGGCGCUGGAAUUGACAAGUGCACCAAAUUUCAGACCAACUUUCAAGUAUUUCUCGUGGCAAACAUGUGCACUUGGAGUAUUAGCGACUGGAACUAUGAUGUUGGUGGUCGAUGCGUCCAUGAGUGCACUCGGAGUGGUAGUACUCAUGACACUGAUUAUGGUACUCCAUUAUCAGGCCCCCAGCGUAUCUUCCGGCUCAAUUUCUCAAGCUUUGAUCUACCAUCAAGUCAGAAAGUACUUACUUCUGUUGGAUGUCAGAAAAGAACACGUCAAAUACUGGCGUCCACAAAUCCUCCUCCUCGUUUCUCGUCCAGCGUCCGCGUGCUCCCUUUUAGAUUUUGUCAACGAUCUCAAAAAAUCGGGUCUCUACGUGGUAGGCCACGUCCGGAAGGGUGAUAUGGACUCGUCGGUACCAGUGGACCCCCUCCAACAAGUUUUCCCCUAUUGGCUCUCUCUUAUCGAUUAUUUGAAACUCAAAGCGUUUGUGGAGUUGACAAUGUCAAAUAACAUCCGUCAUGGUAUUCAACAACUCAUGCGGUUAUCCGGUCUCGGUGCGAUGAAGCCAAAUACCGUAGUCAUUGGGUUCCACGAGUUGGCACCGAGCCAAGUCACCCUUCAAGAGUCUCAACUUCUGAAGGACCUUCGAUUUUCAAAAAUCGAUCGAGCCGCGGUGGUGGAGUACUUCACCGCCGGCGACUAUAUGCCGAAAGAGUUGGACGGAAAUCUGGAGAGGCUGAGCCCUGUGGACUACGUGAAUGUGCUCAAAGACGUGCUCCAUAUGACCAAAAAUUUGUGUGUCGCCCGUCACUUUUCAAAAUUGGAUAAAGAAGCACUAUCACGUGGAUGGAAUGGACAAAAACGGUAUAUCGAUGUGUGGCCGGUUGACUUGCAGAAACCACAGGAAACUGGUUUGGGAUGGGAUAAUAGCUCUCUCUUCCUCCUCCAACUCGCCUGUAUUCUCUCAAUGUCAUCCCGCUGGCGAUCCUACACAAAACUUCGAGUAUUCAUCUGUGUCAACUCUCUUCAAGAUAUGCAUAGAAGAGAGAGACAACUCAAAACUGUGCUCCAGACGCUGAGAAUUGACGGAGAGUCUUCAGUGGUGCCAUGGGACCACGUGGUGUGCCAUUAUCAACCAGCUAAUGGGGCGGCGAGUGCUAAUACUACAAUCCCAUCCGUGGACCUCCCCGCCGCCUAUAUCAGUGCAUUCAACGAUAUGGUGAAGCGAUACUCGGAAGAAGCGGCUAUUACUCUUCUAAAUCUUCCAGUACCCCCGGAUAACGCAGAGGAUGAUGGGGAUCGAUACCUCGAAAUGGUGCGUAACCUCACUGACGCCCUUCCACCAACUCUUCUAGUCCACGGAGUGUCUUCAGUCAUCUCCACAGCACUCUAG